AUGUGUGCUGCUCCCUUGACAUGGUUUUGGGCCCAUGGCUGGGGGAAGCAGCACUUAUUUGUGUAUGCUGCUCUUCCUCGACAUGGUUUUGGGCGCAUGGCUUGGCGAAGGAACACUUUUUUAUACAUGUAUGGAAUGGGUGACCGAUACUAUACUUGGUUUGAAGGGCCACCCACAGUUUCCGACUUGGUCACUGUAGGAAGCAGUGACCAGUUAUGUGUGUGUUGCCCCCUUGACAUGAUUUUGGGUCCAAGGCUGGGUGAAGCAGCACUUACUAAUGUGUGCUGCUCCCUUGACAUGGUUUUGGGCCCAUGGCUGGAUGAAGCAGCACUUAUUGUGUGCUGCUCUCUCUCAACAUGGUUUUGGGCGCAUGGCUCGCGAAGGAACGCUUUUUUAUACAUGUAUGGAAUGGGUGAUCGACACUAUACUUGGUUUGGAGGAGAUCCCGCAGUUUCCAACGUUAUUAUGCGUAGAUGGGUUGUCUACGCAGACGGAGUACUCCAAGCCCGUCUUGUUUUUGUAUUUUUUUAA